CAGAACAGCAGGUCGAGACUAGUAGAGGCAGCUUUCUCAUCAGCAUUUGGCGAGAUCUCUUUUUGGGAGUUGGGUUAUCAGGUGGCCAGUCCCGAUAUGGAAGCCACAUCGAUCCUUGUCCAUCUCUUCCUGUCAGUCAUUCACCUCAGCUCCAGCAUGGCUGAUAUCUCCUGCAUGGAUGAGGCUGGCCACCCAGUGGACUGGUUUGUCAUCUAUAAGUUGCCCAAGUAUAUCAUCAAUCAGUCUGCUGGGCUGGGACUGAAUUAUAUGUACCUCGAUCCUUCAAACAGUGGCUGGAAACAGAGCCAGUACCUCAUCAAUAUGACUGAGAGUGCCACCGGGAGGACUCUGCAGCAACUUUAUUCCACCUAUCAUUCAAAGGAGCAACUGGCAGCUAAAAAGAAACGGCAGAAAGAGAGGGAGGCACUUGGAGACAAGGCACCACCAAAAUCAGUCCCAAAGACCAUUGAAAACCAACGAGUGUAUGAUGAAACAACUGUGGACCCAAAUGACGAAGAGGUGGCUUUCGAUGAAGCAACAGAUGAAUUUUCUUCCUACUUCAAUCGAAAAACAAGUCCGAAGAUCCUCAUUACCACAUCUGACAGACCUCGAGGGAGAACAGUAAGGUUAUGUGAGCAGCUGGCAAAGGUAGUGCCAAACUCUCACGUCUACUACAGGAGGGGAUUGGCUCUGAAAAAGAUCAUACCGCAGUGUGUGGCCAGAGAGUUUACAGACUUACUCGUCAUCAAUGAAGAUCGGAAAGUACCGAAUGGUUUAAUUGUUAGCCACCUUCCCGAUGGGCCAACAGCACAUUUCAAGAUGUCUAACAUGCGUCUAGCAAAAGAAUUGAAGAGGAGAGGGAAGGAUCCGACAAAACACUCACCAGAAGUGAUCCUAAACAAUUUCUCUACCCGUCUGGGACACAGCAUUGGGAGAAUGUUUGCUUCUCUCUUUCCUUACAGUCCACAGUUUGUGGGACGCCAAGUGGCAACUUUUCAUAACCAACGUGAUUACAUCUUCUUCAGAUUUCACAGGUACAUAUUUAAAAAUGAGAAGAAAGUGGGCCUUCAGGAACUUGGACCACGUUUCACACUGAAACUGAGAUCUUUACAGAAAGGGACCUUUGAUUCAAAAUAUGGAGAAUAUGAAUGGGUUCAUAAGCGUCAUGAAAUGGAUACAAGUCGAAGGAAGUUUCACUUGUAAAGUCAGACUUUCAGUGGAACUGGUUGACACCAUGACGCAGGUUCCUUGGCAGCGCUGCUUUUACACAUUGUUGGAGUUUAGAUAUUCUGCAAACAAAUUAAACAGCCCUCAAUUUUAUCUAAAGGUGACGUCAACUAGAAUCUUUGAAAAUAAAUUCUGGAUGAGCUGGUUACUGCAAUCCCAUAGUAUUGUCUCUGUCGAGAAAUGUUAUACUCUCAAAUUUGUACAUUCUUCCUUACAGCCUUAUCUACAAUAAAGGCCUCUUUGUGUAUGUACUUGUGUAAAGGGAUUAAAGUUUUGAAGCAAUUAAGUUAAA